AUGGAAGAAGGUAAUAGAAAUGAACCGCCUCCAAUACAUUCCUUUGGUGCAGGACAGCACCAAAAACGUCGUAGUAGUGGUGAUACUUCAGAAUUUUCCUCACAAAAAGAAGAAAAAACUAGUGGGGAAGAAAUAGAAUGUUCAAUACCAGAUAAUAAUUUAAUAAUACCGGAUGGAUCGUUUUUUCCUCCAUUAGAAAAGGUAUUAAUGAAUCAAUCAGGUUCUCCAUUAUCACAAUACAAUUUUUAUGCUUAUCUAAAAAAUGAAUGGCAUGGAGAACAUAAUUUAAAAUUUUGGUUAGAUGUCGUUACCCAUGAAAAUCUAUUUGAAUCUUGGCGAGAAUAUCAAAAUAUUAUUAAUAAAACGAGCGAAAGAGUAAGCAAUGAGACUGAACGACGACAAAGUGAAAGUGAUGGAGGAGGGGCUAGUAGGAAAGAUACUGUUGCACCUUCAAUUGUGAAUUCUUUUGUUGAUUCAAAAAAUCCUGUAAUUCAAUCAUCCUCAUCAAAUUAUCGACAUUCUACUUCAAAGAGACAUACAAAAGCAUCAUCAACAACAUAUGGUGGUGGUAUUGGCAAUAAUGAUCAUCAUGAAAUCACUAUAAGUUCUGAAGAGCGCUCAUCGUCAGAUUAUACACAACCUGAAAUUAUAAAAAGGGUUGGUGAGGAAGAUUUAGCAAAGUCUUCUCUGAACAUUUAUAAAAAAUAUGGUCAUAUGAAUAUAUUACCAGAGGAAAGUCGUACGACGAUGCAGGAUUUAAUUGAACGGCAAGGGAGAUUUAAUCCUGUUGUAUUUUCAUCAGCAAAAUCUUAUGUUUAUCAUAUCAUGAAUGUAAUAUAUUUUCCAAAAUUUAUACAAUCCGCUAUUGACAUGAAUAUAUCUCAUUUAAAUGCUAUAGCCGCUCUACCUUUGGGCAUAGUAGCAUUAACAAUUGGUUUGGCUCUAGAAUUAUUUCUUAUUUUUAUGGGCGAAGAAAACAGAUUAAAAAGAUUUUGGGGGUUUCCUCCUAUAUGGUUAGGUUGGAUUUUAUUACAAACUGCUGCUACUCGUUUCUUUCCACCCUUAAUCUUAUUUGGUGCAAGUGAAUAUAAAUUAUUUCGAUUUCAUAAAAUUAAAGAAAUUUCAGUUCUAUAUGCUCAUAGGAAACGUGCUUUUACUUUUCUAAUGUGGGAUACUUUAGCCACUGUAAUAACGAUCGUCCAAGCACUUAUUUAUUCAUCCGAACCUGAACGGUUUGUAAUUUGGUUUCAUGGCUUUAAAGCUUUGGCUUUGAAAAAUUGGGAACGUGCCAAAAAAUGA